AUGGGACUACGCGAUCAAGCUACAAUUAGAAGUGACUCAGGUUAUGGGGACGAUGCGUCCGAAGUGCCGCAGGACGGAUCCGAUGCUCAUCCUUUAACGCUCAAGGGAUACGAGAUCGGACCGGCGUCGAAAUUGCAAGUUGGCGACGUAUUCGAGUUUCUCUGGGCCGACGCUCCAGAGUUUGAGUGGGAGUGGAAAUGUCUGGGGUACUCGCGGUUUAUCGUCUUGCGACAUAGCGAUACGUUCCCUCAUCAUUGCGCUUGCAUACCCGUAUCCAUAGGCGGUAAGCACGAGUUCGCCAAGCCCGGCAUAGACCACUUCCAGCAAGGGUUCAUCUUCGCGAAUGGCGAUCCGAAUCCGGGCAACGACAACGGCCGGCUGCCGUACUCGCCCGUGGGCAUCGAGCUGCGCCCCGGGAAGCUCCGCGUGAAGGAGGACUCGCGGGCCAACUACGCCGACAUCGUCGAGGUCGACCACGACGCCCAGGUCAUGGUCGUCGGCGACGUCGUGCGGUACUUCGACCGGGUCCGGAGAAACGUCAACAAGGCCUUCAUGCGGCAGAUCCUGAGAAGGGCGCUGGAAGAGUACAAGGCCAUCAAGGCAGGCGAGCGAGCGGAGAGCAACCAGAACAACAAUGGCAGCAGCAGCAAUAGCAACAGCCAGUACCCGAAAGCCUCGCAGCUAGGAUCAGACGCCGACGACACCCAGCUCAGCGCCGCGGAGAGCACGGAAACGGCGAGCAUGAUCGGGGACCGGAAGCACGACCGGGAGCACAGGCGACACCGAAGAAACGGCUCGACCUCGUCCCGCAGGCGUCGAAACGGUCCGCAGGACAGCCGAGCCGACAUCGACUACGACGUGAGAUCGAUGCACAACGUCGCUCUGGCCGGCUUGAAAUGA